AUGUUCAAGGCCGUCAACCAGAUCCUCGUGUUGCUCACCUUGUGGGUCGGCCUCAUCGCCGCCGAGACCCAUACGUGGUACUUUGAAACCGGCUGGGUCGACGCCAACCCUGACGGCUGCCACGAACGGAAGAUGGUGGGUUUUAACGGCACCUGGCCCCUCCCCACGUUGCGGGCGAAGAAGGGUGACACCAUCAACUUUUACUUGAUCAACGGUUUGACUGACAAGAACACCUCGGUCCACUUCCACGGGUUGUUCCAAAACGGGACCAAUCAAAUGGACGGCCCCGAAAUGAUCACUCAAUGCCCUAUCCCCCCCGGUGAAACGAUGUUGUACAACUUCACUUUGGACCAAGUGGGUACUUACUGGUACCACUCGCACACCCAAGGCCAAUACGGUGACGGGAUGAGAGGGGUGUUUCUCAUCGAAGACGACCAGGAACCUCCUUUCGAGUACGACGAAGAAGUCACCUUGACGGUGGGGGAACACUACCACGACUACUCGGACGAGUUGCUCCACAAGUUCCUCAAUUUGUACAACCCCACUGGUGCCGAGCCCAUCCCGCAAAACUCGUUGUUCAACGAAACUCGUAACGCUACCUGGAAAGUGGAGCCCAACAAGACGUACUUCUUGCGUAUCGUCAACAUCGGUCGGUUCGUGUCGCAAUACUUGAAGAUGGAAGACCACGAAUUUGAGAUUGUCGAAGUUGACGGGGUUUACGUCGAGCCUCAAACCACCGACUUCCUUUACAUCACCGCCGCUCAGCGGUACGGGGUGUUGGUGAGAACCAAGGACACCACCGACAAGAACUACAAGUUCUGCAACUACAUCGACCAAGACAUGUUGGAUGUCAUCCCCGAUGAUCUUGUGUUGAACAGCACCAACACCAUCAUGUACAACGAAUCUGCGGGGUCGUUGCACGAGGAAGAGGCGUUGAUCAUCGACGACUGGGACACAUUUUUCGACGACUUCACCCUCAAGCCCUUGGCAGGCACUGAACUCUUGCCUGACGCCGAUAUGACCAUUACUUUGGACGUCAAGAUGGACAACUUGGGCAAUGGGGUCAACUAUGCCUUCUUCAAUGACAUCACUUACACCAAGCCUAAGACCCCCAUUCUUAUGACCGCUCUUGCUGCCGGUGAAUUGGCCAAGGACGCCACCGUGUACGGGUCCAACACCCACUCGUUUGUGUUGGAAGGCGGUGACGUCGUCGACAUCGUUGUUAACUCGAUGGACCCCGGUAAGCACCCGUUCCACUUGCACGGCCACACCUUCCAAUUAAUCGCUAGAGGUGAAUCGGUUGAUGAUGAUGCUGAGCCCCUCAAGUACAACGCCACCGAACACGGCAAUGAUCUCCCCGAAACGCCCAUGAUCAGAGACACUGUGUUUGUCAACCCUAACUCGUACAUUGUGAUGCGGUUCAAGGCCGACAACCCUGGGGUAUGGUUCUUCCACUGUCACAUCGAAUGGCACUUGGACCAAGGUCUCGCCGUUGUUCUCGUCGAAGACCCCAUCGCCAUGCAAAACACCCCGUCGCAACAAUUGACCGAAGAUUCGAUCAGAGCCUGUCAACUCAACAACAUCUCUUUGAAUGCUAACGCCGCUGGCAACACCGACUUCUUGGACUUGACGGGCGAAAACAAGCAAUACAAGGACUUGCCUGCUGGUUUCACCGCCCGUGGUAUUGUGGCACUUGUGUUCUCGUGCGUUGCUGGUAUCGUCGGUAUCAUUGUCAUUGCCAUCUACGGUAUGGCUGACAUCAAGAACGUGGAAGCUCGGGUCAUCCGUGACUUCGACGUCGACCCUCAAGACUUGGAGGACGACUCGGUGUCGUCUCAAGAGUCUACUCACGAAUCGUCGGACUUGCGCAAGUAA